AUGGUGAAAUGUGUGGUCACUGGCUGUCCGAACCGGGACGAGAACAACCCAGGGUUCUUCAACAGAACCCAGAAACGGUUCUUCAGGUUCCCCACCGACCCGGCGAGGGUUCAGGUUUGGCUGGCGGCGCUCAGAGAGCCAGACAAACAUAUUUCUGCAGAGCAUCACCGAAUCUGUGAGGACCACUUCCUGCCGGAGGACGUGUCCACCUUUGGGGUCAGCAGCGACGCCAUCCCCAUCAUGCCCCCUUGCCUGGAUGGACCCCUGGGCCUGAUGGGCCCCUGGGGGGCCCAGUCGGAGGAUGAGGAGGAUCAGUGGGCUGCUGGAGGGGUGAAUGACUUUGAGGAUGAAGGUGGAGCAGGAGUUCCAUUUAACACCAAGUUUUCUGUACCAGAACUUCCUCCGCUGGAUCCACCAUUACAGGGCUCCGGAGGUCUUCAGUCUCCAGAGUGUCCGCUGAUCUGCAGCGAACAUCAGUUUGAAAACACGAUUCCAGCCAAGGUGACCCCCAGAGAAGAUGUGUCUCUGGGAGUUCUGACCCGUCGCUUCCUAGAUUUGUUCCUGAAGGCACCAAGCGACUCACUGGACCUCCGACACGCCACCACGAGCUUGAGAACUCGGCGGCGGCGACUCUAUGACAUCACCAACGUGCUGCAAGGCAUCGAUCUGAUCGACAAGCAGUCGGCUAACAGAGUGAAGUGGAUAGGAACCUGUCCCGUCUCCAGCUUCUUGGAUCAGAACCAGAUCCAGGAAGAGAUGGAUAACUUGAAGAUGGUGGAGGAAACUCUGGACUUUCUGAUCCAGACCAGUGACCAGCAGCUGUUUGACAUGACCGACGACCGCAACAACUCCACGUUGGCCUACGUGACGUUUGAGGACAUAAGCCGGCUUGAAGCCUUUCAGGAGCAGACGUUGAUCUUGGUGAAAGCUCCUGAGGACACUAGGCUGGAAAUUCCAGCUCCUAAGGACAGUAUCCAGGUCCAUCUGAAGGGUGGAACUGGUCCAGUCAUGGUGAUGACCUCUGACAUGGGGACAAUUGAACCGUCAGAACAGGAAAGCGGUUGCUUCUUAAAGCUGGAGGAGAGUCGGAUAGAUACAAGCGAGCACCACAGAGGUUCGCAGAGAUUCAUCCAGAGUGUGUAACGCCGGCCUUACCUCUAGAAGGUGCCAGAAGUCCUUAAGAGUCCUGCAGAGGAAGGUUUACUGUCUGUCCCCUGGUC